GAGUUCCCACAGCAUGGCGGAAGGAGUAGUUGUCCGGAUGGAUUAUUACUCACCUUUUAAUUUACGUGUUCUGUUUUGACGGGAGGAUUUUGGACUUUAGAGACGCAGUUCACAACACUUAAAACAACUUCAGCCUAGUCUCGCGACGAUGGCAGACCGCGGGGUGGAUUUGGCGGCUGUGCCGAAAGGUGUUAGAGAGCAGUUGGCGGAGUUAGAGCUGGAGCUAUCUGAAGGUGAUAUCACACAGAAAGGCUAUGAAAAGAAACGAGCGAAACUGCUGUGCCCACACGUACCACAGACCCAAAAUGUGGAUAUCCAGUUGACCCCGGGUGUUUCUUCAGACCCCAACACUGGGCCCACUCCAGCCCCACGGCAACACAGAGCUCACCGCAGCGGAGGAGCACGGGAUGACCGCUACAGGUCAGAUAUUCACACAGAGGCCGUGCAGGCUGCUCUGGCCAGGCAUAGAGAGGAGAAAAUGGCCCUUCCCAUGCCCACCAAGCGCCGUUCAGCUUUUGCCCAGUCUCCUGCAGAGAAUUGCACUCCUCCUGAUACAUCAUCAACAUCAGAGGACGAGGGCUCUCUGCGUAGGCGCCAGGUUGCCAUAAGUGCAAUGCUGGCACAGAACCUCCAGAGUUCUGAGUACUGGAUCAACCGCUCUGUCCAGAGCUCCUCCACCUCCUCUUCUGCCUCCUCCACGCUCUCUCACGGAGAAAGCAAAACUCAAAUCCACAACCACAGCCAAGGGCAGACCAGCACACUGGCUGACGUGAUGGCACACACCCGCAUAGAGAGCAGCAGUGUUCCGCCUGAUGUCACAUCCUCUGUGCCUCAGGAGAGAAACUCCAGAGGGGAUCUGCCACCCAACAUAGCAGUGAAGGGCAUGAACCGUGGCCUGAGUCGCUCUAGUAUGAUGGACACUGCCGGCGGUGUUCCAGUACAUAGUCGUGUCUCCACUAAAAUUCAGCAGCUGCUCAAUACGUUGAAGAGACCCAAACGGCCUCCACUUAGUGAGUUCUUCCUGGAUGACUCUGAAGAGAUUGUGGAAGUUCCUCAGCCAGAUCCUAACACACCCAGACCAGAGGGCCGACAGAUUAUUCCAGUUAAGGGGGAACCGCUGGGGGUGGUCAGUAACUGGCCACCGGCCCUUCAGGCUGCACUGGCACGUUGGGGAGCCACACAGGCCAAGAGCCCUGCUCUCACUACCUUGGACAUCACCGGCAAACCGCUCUACACCCUCACCUAUGGUAAACUUUGGAGUCGCAGUCUGAAGUUGGCAUACACACUGCUAAAUAAACUGGGCACAAAAAAUGACCCAGUACUGAAGCCCGGAGACAGGGUGGCAUUGGUGUAUCCCAACAGUGACCCCGGGAUGUUCUGGGUGGCCUUCUAUGGGUGUCUUCUUGCUGAGGUCAUUCCUGUCCCAAUAGAAGUGCCUUUGUCCCAAAAGGAUGCAGGAAGUCAGCAGAUUGGCUUCCUGUUGGGAAGCUGUGGUGUGGGCCUUGCUCUUACUAGUGAAGUGUGUCUUAAAGGACUGCCAAAGACCCCUAAUGGAGAAAUAAUGCAAUUUAAAGGAUGGCCUCGGCUUAAAUGGGUGGUCACUGAUACUAAGUAUCUCACAAAACCAUCCAAGGACUGGCAGCCACACAUACCCACGGCAAACACUGACACUGCUUACAUAGAGUACAAGGCUAGUAAGGAGGGUACUGUGAUGGGUGUGGCUGUGUCUAAAAUCUCAAUGCUGACACACAGUCAGGCUCUAACGCAGGCUUGCAAUUACUGUGAAGGAGAAACACUGGUUAAUGUCCUGGACUUUAAGAAAGACACAGGCCUGUGGCAUGGAGUGCUCACGAGUGUCAUGAAUCGUAUCCACACUAUUAGUGUGCCGUAUGCUGUCAUGAAGGCUUGUCCACUGUCCUGGGUGCAGAGAGUUCAUGUUCACAAAGCUCGUGUGGCCUUGGUUAAAUGUAGGGACCUUCACUGGGCUAUGAUGGCUCACAAAGAUCAGAAGGACACCAAUCUGUCCUCUCUACGCAUGCUGAUUGUAGCUGAUGGAGCCAAUCCCUGGUCAGUGUCUUCGUGUGAUGCAUUUUUGAACGUCUUCCAGUCUCAUGGGCUGAAGCCAGAGAUGAUCUGCCCAUAUGCUUCAUCCACAGAGGCCAUGACUGUGGCCAUCCGCAGGCCUGGUGCCCAUGGUGCUCCACUCCCUGCCAGGGCCAUACUCUCUAUGGCUGGACUCAGUCACAGCGUAAUCCGUGUCAACACUGAGGAUAAGAACUCUGCCCUUACUGUGCAGGAUGUAGGCCAUGUUAUGCCUGGAGCUCUGAUGUGUAUUAUAAAGCCUGAUGGGCCUCCCAUGCUCUGUAAGACUGAUGAGAUUGGAGAGAUAGUGUUGAACUCACGUGCUGGAGGCACCAUGUACUAUGGCCUACCAGGAGUGACAAAGAACACUUUUGAGGUAAUACCUGUAAACUCAGGUGGUACCCCUAUAGGAGAGGUUCCCUUCACACGGACUGGACUGUUGGGCUUUGUGGGUCCAGGAAGUUUGGUGUUUGUGGUGGGGAAGAUAGAGGGUCUGCUUUCAGUCAGUGCACGUAGACACAAUGCAGAUGACCUGGUGGCCACAGCUCUGGCAGUUGAGCCGGUCAAAACCGUCUAUCGAGGGAGGAUUGCUGUGCUUUCCGUCACUGUGUUCUAUGAUGAGAGAAUAGUGAUUGUGGCAGAGCAGAGACCUGAUGCCAGUGAAGAGGACAGUUUUCAAUGGAUGAGCAGAGUCCUACAAGCAAUAGACAGUAUCCACCAGGUGGGGUUGUAUUGCUUGGCAUUAGUACCUGCUAACACAUUACCCAAAACUCACCUGGGUGGUAUUCAUUUAUCCGAGACCAAGCAGCGCUUCCUGGAUGGCUCUCUUCACCCAUGCAACAUUCUGAUGUGCCCUCAUACAUGUGUUACCAACCUUCCAAAACCAAGGCAAAAGCAACCAGUGGGAGUGGGUCCGGCCUCCAUCAUGGUAGGCAACCUGGUGGCAGGAAAAAGGACAGCACAGGCUGCUGGGAGAGACCUUGGGCUCCUUGAUGACCAAGAGCAAUCCAGGAAGCACCAGUUCCUGUCCGAGGCACUGCAGUGGAGGGCACAGAAUGAUCCUGAUCACAUCCUCUAUAUGCUUCUUAAUGCAAAGGGAGUAGCAGUGAGCUCCGUCACAUGUUCUCAGCUGCACAAGCGAGCUGAAAAGAUAACUGCAGCUUUGUUGGAAAGAGGAGGAAUUAACACUGGAGACAAUGUAGUACUGCUUUACCCUCCUGGCAUAGAUCUAAUAGCCUCCUUCUAUGGUUGUCUGUAUGCCGGCUGUAUUCCGGUCACCGUCAGGCCUCCUCACCCACAGAACCUUGCUGCCACACUACCCACUGUCCGAAUGAUCAUAGAUGUGAGCAAAGCAGCCUGCAUCCUCACAACUCAGACCCUUAUGAAGAUUUUACGGUCUAAAGAAGCAGCAGCCUGUGUGAAUGUGAAGACUUUGCCAAACAUCAUAGACACAGAUGAUCUUCCCAGGAAACGGCCUCCUCACAUCUAUAAGCCACCCACUGCAGAGAUGCUGGCCUACCUGGACUUCAGUGUGUCCACCACAGGCAUGCUGACUGGAGUUAAGAUAUCUCAUUCAGCGGUCAGUGCUUUGUGUCGAUCCAUCAAAUUGCAGUGCGAGCUGUACUCUUCCAGACAAAUUGCCAUCUGCCUGGACCCCUACUGCGGCCUGGGCUUUGUGCUGUGGUGUCUAUCUAGUGUUUAUUCAGGUCACCAGUCAAUCCUGAUUCCUCCCAUGGAAUUGGAGACCUCUCUGCCCCUGUGGUUAAGCACGCUUAGUCAGUAUAAGAUCAGAGACACCUUCUGUUCCUACUCAGUCAUGGAGAUCUGCACCAAGGGCCUUGGCACACAGACUGAAGCUCUGAAGGUGCGCGGCGUGAACCUAUCAUGUGUAAGGAGCUGUGUCGUCAUAGCAGAAGAGAGACCCCGUUUGGCACUCACACAGUCAUUCUCCAAGCUCUUCAAAGACCUGGGCCUGUCUCCACGCGCAGUGAGCACUGCUUUUGGUGCCAGAGUCAACCUGGCCAUCUGUCUACAGGGCACUGCUGGUCCAGACCCAUCCACUGUUUAUGUAGACAUGAAGUCUCUCCGGCACGACAGAGUGAGACUGGUGGAGAGAGGAGCUCCUCAAAGUCUGCCGCUGAUGGAGUCUGGCACUAUUCUUCCUGGAGUGCGAGUGAUCAUUGUGAACCCAGAGACUAGAGGACCACUAGGAGACUCUCAUCUCGGCGAGAUCUGGGUGAAUGGUCCUCACAAUGCCAGUGGUUAUUACACUAUCUAUGGAGAGGAGAGCCUCCAGGCAGACCACUUCAACACACAACUGAGUGUUGGAGAGACCGAGACACUCUGGGCCAGAACUGGGUAUCUGGGUUUUGUCAAGAGGACGGAGCUACUGGAUGCCAGUGGAGAUCGCCAUGAUGCUCUGUUUGUGGUGGGUUCGCUGGAUGAAACGCUGGAGUUGCGAGGUUUGCGUUAUCACCCCAUUGACAUUGAGACGUCAGUGUCUCGGACGCAUCGAAGCAUUGCUGAGAGUGCUGUAUUCACAUGGACAAAUCUGCUGGUUGUUGUGGUGGAGCUCAGUGGGUCGGAGCAGGAAGCUCUCGACCUGGUUCCACAGGUCACUAAUGUGGUGCUGAAAGAGCACCACCUCAUAGUGGGUGUGGUGGUCAUCGUGGACCCUGGUGUCAUUCCUAUCAACUCCAGAGGCGAGAAGCAGCGCAUGCACCUGCGCGACUCCUUCCUGGCCGACCAACUGGAUCCCAUCUAUGUGGCAUACAACAUGUGAGCAUGAACUAAUCACGUCAUAAGAGCGUACAGCUCUACAUGGCACCUAAAGAACUGCUCACAGUGGGUACAACUUGGCCAUUCUGUGCUGUCCGCACACAAGUGGACAUGGAGGAGGAAGCUGGCUAGGCCUCUCUCUGCCUGUGCGCUGAGCCUUGUAAAUAUUUUUAUGUUCUCUCUAAUGUGAUUGUGGCUGAGUUUUAGCCUGUUUGACCAGUUGUGGUCAAAGUCCACCCUGGCUCAAGCCAUCCAUCCCUCCCUCCCUGGACAUUGAGUGUGUCACAAGGAGGGUGGUGCAUUUCUUUUAGAACAAAUUCCUGCCCUAUAAAACAGAUGGAACCACAUUUUCACAGCUAUAACAUAGAUACAUUGACUCUGACGUCUUUGACCGACUCAGUGUGCCACUUCUGGUAUGCCUCUUACAUAGAGCAGAGCUUGCAUACAGUACCAUGCCCAUAAAGAUCUGCUUUAAGACUGUGCUUGAGGCCUGAGGGACAAACACAUUAAGAUUUUCUGUGCACUUUAUCUCCUCUCUUAGGCUAGCACUUAUGCCUGCUUAGGGGAGAGUCCUUACUUUUUCCAUUCUGGAAGUGCAAACUUGGUUAAAUACAGUAUAUAACAGUAUCACCAGCAAAGCAGACUGUAUGUGGCAGUCCACCGGAUCUGAAAUCACUCAGACUUGGUUUGUUCAUAUCAUAUUUUACUUAAACUGCUAGUCAUUUUAAUAGUUUUAAAAUUAUAGAACGUUUACAUGCAUCACCUUUUAUUCUUGUGCGAAAUCUUUUUUUUUUUCUUUCUUAACUGACAUUGCCGACUGUAAUGCACAUCUUUUCAGAACCUGAUUGAGUUUUGUGAAACAUCCUUACUGAAAGCACACAGCAAUUUUAGAAGAUUUAAGAUUUAUAUGCAUUAAAUGUCUGUAUAUUAAGGGUGAAGUUACAGUAUGAAGACCGUUCCAUGCUGUAUGAAACUUAUGGAUGUUUUAGUUUUGUAUGUAUGCUUUGUCUUUAUUUGAUUGUAGUGUCAAAGGAAUUAUGAAAAUAUAAAUGGAUGAGAGGCUUUUUAUUUUAUUUUUUUGUUAUAUUGUUACUUACAAUAUAACAAACAAUAUAUUGCAGUGCCUCACUGGUGCUACUGUAUAAAUGGAAACCAUUAUCCGGUCCUCCAAAAAAACCUGACUGAUCUUUCAUAAUUGAUAUAUGAAUUCAUAAUUCUCACCAUCAUUGGCUAAAAACAUCAUGAUUCAGAAAUAAUAAAGAAAUAUUUUUACACAUUACAACCACAAAACAAUAAUUAUUUUGCAUCUUUAAUAUCUGUUGUUUCAGUCACCCUUCCUCCCAAGUCUUCUUAAUGAUUUAUUGGUUUUAGUGUGUGUGUGAGUGAGUGUGAUAGAAAGCAAAUAAGGUAGUUUUAGGCAAGGCUUUCACGUCUUUUUUAGGGACAAGUAGAUACUAGGAGAGAAUGUGAUAAGACACAAUACAUAUUUUCUAUUUGAAUAAAAUUACUUCAUUUAUCAGCACCUAAAUUAAACUUUAAUUUUUUUAAUGGCCUUAGAUACAAAUAUUAAUUCUUCCUGCAGAUUGUUUACAUGUGAAUUAUGUGCAACUCUUUUCUAUAAAGAUGCACAUUUCUUUUUUGCUACAUUCUCAUAACUGUUUUGUUUUCUAUUUUUAAUUCAAUUACCAAUUGUAAAAAUAAUUAAAUGUGUUAUUGUAAAUGAAUCCUAAUUUCUUUAUUGCAGUAAUGUCAUGUGAACUAAGUGCAAAUACAAGGAACUGUUGAAUGAGCAUAGGAAGAAUUUAAAUUUAGUGCUCUUUUCUCACAUCUGACUGCUUUCAAAAAGCAAUCAAUUCUGUGAGGAAGCAGCAGACAAAUUAAUAUGUAUUUAAAAGCAAAACUGUACAUCAAUGCAUACAUGUAAAUAAAUGCAUUAAAUACUU